UUAUUAAAUCCUGGAUACCCAACUAAGCCUCUUGUUGACACACCAAUCAUCAUGAUCAUAUAUAAUAUAUAUAACUAAAUCAACACUAAAAGUAGUGUGUGUUUGUGGGUUGAAUCAUAACUACGUAAAAGAUCAUUCAUUCUUCAUUGAUUACUUACAUCGGCGAAUGUGGGUUCUAUCAAGAUCUUCGAUCGGUGAUCCAAGGGUUUUACAGUUGAUUCUGUGUUCUUCCAAAGCUCAAUUAUUCAUUCCUGAUUUACAAUGCCAGAAGCAUUAAGAUAUGAUUUGGGGAAAUUUGAGGAAGAGAAGAGAAGGAUUAGGGUUAGAUCUUUCAAGAAAAAAGCUAUGAUUGCUUCAACAAAAUCGGCAAACUCUAUAAAAAAAAGACAUGUUUCAAAUUGCCAAUUUGCACACAUCGCGAUCGAUGAUGUUCGAGAUGAGGAGGAAGAGAAGGCCGUUAAUGCGUUUCGACAAGUUUUGAUCGAGAAAGAGUUGCUUCCUUAUCGUCACGAUGAUUACCACACGUUAUUGAGAUUCUUGAAGGCAAGAAAGUUUGACCUUUAUAAGGCAGUCCAGAUGUGGGCAGAAAUGCUCAACUGGAGGAAAGAAUAUGGUGCAGACUCUAUCAUACAGGAUUUCGUUUAUGAAGAGUAUGAAGAGGUUCAACGCUACUAUCCUCACGGUUAUCAUGGGGUGGAUAAAGAGGGACGACCAGUUUAUAUCGAAAGACUUGGCAAAGUUGAACCUAAUAAGCUUAUGAGCGUCACAACGGUCGAUAGGUUUCUAAGGUAUCAUGUGCAAGGCUUUGAGAAGGCUUUUUCGGAGAAAUUUCCCGCAUGUUCUGUUUCAGCACGAAGGCAUAUCGAUUCUUGUACUACAAUAUUGGACGUUCAUGGGAUGAACUGGAUGAGCUUUGGAAAAGUUGCACAUGAUUUGGUCAUGCGUAUGCAGAAAAUCGACGGUGAUAACUAUCCUGAGACAUUGCAUCAGAUGUUCAUCGUCAAUGCUGGUAAUGGAUUUAAAUUUCUAUGGAAUACGGCAAAAGGCUUUCUUGAUCCAAGAACAACAGCCAAGAUAAACGUUCUGGGCAACAAAUAUCAGAACAAGUUGUUAGAAGUUAUAGACUCGAGUCAAUUGCCGGAUUUUCUUGGUGGAACGUGUUCCUGCCCAAAUGAAGGGGGAUGUCUUAGGUCCGAUAAGGGACCCUGGUGUGAUUCAGAGUUGAUGAAGCUAGUCAACAAUGGAGAUACAAGAAAAAGUGGUAGCUUUUACGAUGAUAUUGACUUAGAAGUCAAGUCAAUUGUAUCGGAGACCAUGAGCAGUAAGUUCUCGGAAGAGCUAGUAUCUAACUCGGGAUUCCGUAGAUCAACGUCUUUCCGCCACAGGGACUCGAUGAGUUAUCAUGUAUCUAAAGGAACUAGAGUUGAACCCGUAGUUUGUGGUACUCAGAUCCAUACCUUACCUACAAAUGAUUGGACACGAAGAAGCAUGGAUAAUAUGGUCAAGUUUCUAUACAAAGUAGUAGCAUGUAUAUUUGUUGUUGUCGAAUUGGGGAAGUUUUUGGCGAGAAAUAUGAUGAGAUCAUCAUCGCACGAGUUUGUAGAUGAUUGGAGUCCUGAAAAAGAGGACUUUUUGCAUCCAUUCGAAGAGAAGUUGAAACAGUUGGAAGCACUGGUGGUAGAGCUUUCGAGUAAACCUUCAAGAAUUCCUGAAGAGAAAGACGAGAUUCUUGCUGAUUCGUUGAAUCGUAUAAGAUCCAUGGAGUCCGACUUGCAGAAGACAAAGAAAGCCUUAUUUGCCACAGCUUCAAAACAGAUGGAACUUGAGGAAUCACUCGACACUUUGCGAGAAGGUACCAUAACGGCAACGAAGUCUUGUUGGUUAAGACGUCCCAAAUCAAGUUUGCGUGGUGCAAGAUGAAGUUCGGGUUCUUGCCUUCACACUUUCAUUCAAUUCCAGACGUUUUCAGUUAUGUUUGUGACAAUAUCUUUUCGUAUUGUUCGUGAUCCCUCGAUUUCAACAGCCGUAAGGAGUGAAAUUUGAAGCUCGAGGGUGACGUUCUCUCGAAGAUCUUUUGGUGGUGUAUGUGGCUUGGAUGGUUGUUAAUAGAUAGUUAACGUUGUGCAGGGAAUGGUAUAUACGUUCGUGAUAUAAAUAACGAAAAAAAGUGUUACAACAACAAAUAGGAGAAGUUGUUGCUCGUGAUGAUAAUUUGUAGUUUCGUUUGAGACGUAAUUGUUCUCAAAAGUUGAUGUCGUUUAAAUUUUAUGUAAUGAUUGUUGAUAAACGUUAUUGCUUUGGG